GUGAGCAAGAGAUUCAAUGAUGUGGCAGGCGGGCUCCUGACAGCCACAUUUCAGAGGCUGCUCCACCAGAUGCAGCAGGAGUAUCACAUUAUCCGGGCACAAAUGCCAAGGCGGGAGUCAGCCCGCCGGAGUCACCCAUUAGCGCGCAAGUGGGACAUCUAUGAGACACUCUCCAUGCGCCUCUCUCUCCUCCAAAUGACUCUUGGAAAACACUUGGACCUCAAUCACAUCCCAUUCUUCCCUGGGGAGAUAUUGGAUGAGGUGUUCCGGAUCCUCCACUACAUUCAGGUGACUCCAAACAUAGAGAAUCUGCGAGCAUUCAAGCUCACUGAUGAACUCUUUGACCUCUCUGAAAUGGCCAUGGAGUACUUCAAAGAGAAGAUAGAGCCAGCAUUACCAGAGAUAUCGUACUUCAAUUCUGAAUUCUGGGACUUCACAUUCUCAGGUUGUCCCGGGAAGCUAGGAGGGUCGAGUCUCCUGGAGUCACCUGAGGAGGAUGGACGGAAUCCAUCUGAGCUGGGAAGCCUGGAAGAGACAGGCGAGAUCAGUCAGCCUCAGUCAAACAUGGUGCUGCGGAAGCGCAUUCGGCGCAUCCGCCAGGGCAUGAAAAGGUACAAUAGUGAGCUGGCCGUGCUCAAGCAAGAGCUCAAAUCGUGCCAGAAGACCAUCACAGAUCAAAACAAACAAAUCCGGGAAUACUCCACUCGUCUCGACUCCUAUGACAAGAAGUUUGAGGAUAGUUCAAAGAAGUUCAGCCUCCUCCUCGCUGAGCUGAACAAGUGCAAGACAGAACUACAGUACUGGCGGUCCAAGAGCCCAGCCAUAUCUCAGAUUAAGUGCAGGGAAUGUGGGACCAUCGUAUCAGGGAAGGAGGAUCGGAUACAGGAUCUGGAAGACCGACGGGCCCUUGCUCAUCAGGGUGUCAUCAUCGACUUCGAGGAGGAUGAAUCUCCUGCGUAUGAAUACCACGACAAGGUUGCAGACUGCCUCCCGGGUACAUCAGGGCCAUCCAAACACCAUCACACCAAAGACCAACAACCUCACUCCAAGCGAAAAGCAGAGGCCAAGUCUAAAGGUAAAGGUCGCAAGCGGGCCCAACGAGAAUUUCUCAUCUACCCCGAAAGCGCGGUGUCCCACAGAAUUGACCUUGAGGAUCGCUACAUCCUUCAAGCAGACCUCGACCUCCGAUUGGCCAAUGGUGUCGUCUGGCUGGCUUCGAUUGGCUCUUGCCUCUACGAAGCCCCGCCCAUCGCUUCCGGUCCUACCAUUCCGCACGAGAUGAAGCUGGCAGUCGCGUGCCUGAUCCUGAGCGGGGCGCUGAGCCUGGGAGUCCUGGCCCGCCAGGCCUACGUCCUCCCUGCCGGCAUGGAUCUGCUCGGCCUGGCCAAUCCCCGUGCUACCUUCUCGUGUGCCGGGCGCAUCUACGGUUAUUACGCGGACGUGGAUAACGACUGCAAGCUCUUCCACGUCUGCCAUCCCAUCCUGGACGAAAGGAACCAGCUACUGGAGACGGCACACUACACGUUCGCGUGUCCGAACCAAACGGCGUUCAGCCAGGACAGCCUCACCUGCGCCUUUGUCGACGACGCCCUGCCGUGCGAUCAGGCGCCGAGUUUCUACGACUCCGUCAACGCUCUCUUCGGCAUCUUGGGGCAAUGAAACUAUCCUCUUCUUUUUUUUUACUCUCCGG